AUGAACCGCUACACCACGUUGAAACAGCUGGGCGAUGGCACCUACGGCAGCGUGACCCUGGGCAAGAGCAAUGAGACUGGGGAGCUGGUAGCUAUAAAAAGGAUGAAGAGAAAGUUUUAUUCUUGGGAGGAGUGCUUGAAUCUGCGAGAGGUGAAGUCACUGAAGAAGUUGAACCAUGCCAAUGUGGUGAAACUGAAAGAAGUCAUCAGAGAAAACGACCACCUCUACUUUGUCUUCGAGUACAUGAAAGAAAACCUCUAUCAGCUCAUGAAAGAAAGAAACAAGUUGUUUCCUGAGUCAGUCGUCAGAAACAUGACAUAUCAGAUAUUACAGGGACUGUCCUUUAUUCAUAAACAUGGGUAUUUUCAUCGUGAUAUGAAACCAGAGAACUUGCUCUGUAUGGGCCCCGAGCUCGUUAAAAUUGCUGAUUUUGGACUUGCUAGAGAAAUCCGCUCUCAGCCACCUUACACCGAUUAUGUGUCAACAAGAUGGUACCGAGCCCCAGAGGUUCUGCUCAAAUCCAACUCCUACAGUUCGCCCAUCGACAUCUGGGCCGUGGGAUGCAUCAUGGCGGAGCUCUACACCAUCAGACCCCUGUUCCCUGGCAACAGCGAGGUGGACGAGAUCUUCAAAAUCUGUCAGGUGCUGGGAACGCUGAAGAAGAUGGAUUGGCCUGAAGGUUACAACCUGGCGACCUCAAUGAACUUCCGUUUCCCAAAGUGUGUCCCCACCAGCCUCAGAUCCUUGAUCCCCAACGCCAGUAACGAAGCGAUCACACUGAUGAAAGACAUGCUGCAGUGGGACCCGGAGAAAAGGCCAAGCGCUGCUCAGGCACUGCGGUAUCCAUAUUUCCAUGUCGGCCAGGCGCUUGGUGCCCCUCUUAAGUACUCGGAGCAGCACAAGGCCCAGGUAAGGGUGGCAGAGACAAACACAGGACUGAAGCCUCUGUCUCUCUAUAAGACCGAGUCACAGACCUGCAGCCAGUCUCUCCCCCAGCCGCUUCAGCAGAUCCAGAUUCCCCAGGAGCCACACAUGCAGACAGAGGGCCAGCAAGAACCCCUCAGCCUGGUUAAGAACAAGCCCCCGAUGAGCUGGCCCACUCCGGCGCGAGGAACUCCCACAGGAGCAGAGAACAGCGUCACCAGAGCAAGGACUGGACGUCGACGAUGGGGACAGACGUCCAUCAAGUCAAUCGAUAGCUGGGACAACACCGACGAUGUAGACACCGGAGUUUCCAUCUCCAAAAAACCUACCAUCAGCUCUCUGAAGGACAGCGAUGCAUCCAACUGUCGAUCUCCAGAGUCAAAGAGCUGUACGGGAGGAAAGCCAACGAGCAACAAAGGACUGAACAGAGCGGAUUCCACAGCCUUGUCUGCCAAGCAGCACUACCUCCGCCAGUCCAGAUACCUACCUGGUGAGAAAGACGAGAAAUACUGUAGGAUGCCCAAACACACUCUACACAUCUUAUUGGCAUGA